GGUGUAUCUCAAAAAUUUCGUGUAUAGUUCAGGAUGGAAACAGAGCAUUUUUUUUUUUGUUUGUUAUAUACUGCUAUUUGUUUUGAGUCGGGGUUUUUCAUCGGAAACAACCUCUCUACUUUAUCUGAGGUUGUGGUAUGAACUCGUACACUUUACGUUCUCUGGAUCUCAAUGAUCGGCAGGGACAUAUAUGUGAUCAUAGAAAGCUGGUGUGGAUCAACAGUGAGGCUACUAAAGCGUUUGCUUGAGGAUUCCGACUUUUUUGAGGUCCCAAAAAAUUUAAAACGAAUUAAAUAGACUGCAAGUUAUUUUUUUGGUAGGGAAAUGCCCCAUUUUUAAAACAGAUCUAUUGUCUAUCCGACUGAUAUAUAAACAGAUCGAUUAUCAAUCCGACCUAUAUAUGGACAGAUUGAUUAUCGAUUCGACCUAUAUAUGGACAGAUCGAUUAUCGAUCCGACACAUAUAUGGACAGAUAGAUUAUCAAUCCGACAGAUAAGAAAAUAGAAAUAGACCAUUUUGCUAAUUGGAAACUUGAAGAGGCUUAAAUUUUCUCCAUCAUUUUGCUAAAUGGAAACUUGACAAGGUCAACAAAAUAUUGUGCAAACUUACAAGGUCAAUUUAAGAUUUACUUUUUUCUUACCCAAAAUAUUUAAAAAAUUCUCUCAAACAAGUCCUCUAAGAUCAACCCAACCCCACCGAUGAAUUUAGUAGAUCGUUUUAGAAGACCCUAAUCACUAUACAUCGAACCUAUCUUAACAGAAACUUUGUCAAAAAUACACAAUACCCCCCACCCCCACCCCCACCCCACCCCCAAAAUCAUACACCAUGACACAUCAUCAUCCAAAACAACCAAAUCCAAUCAAGAAAAUCAUCAACCAACACCUUCUAAGAAAACAAACAUAACAGAAACAGGUGCAAAUUGUUUCUUUAGGGGGAAGGUGGACAUGUCUAGUAACAAACAUGGCCGCUGUUCCCCUUGUUAUCCUUCUAUCUCUUCGAACAAUCUCUCCUAGAAAACACUGCCUUUUCCUUUUACGUAUCUCUAUUUUCUUCUUCAUCUUUCUAUCUAACCCACAUUUAUCUUUCUCCAUUUCUGAGGACGAGGCAUUGAUCAAAUUCAAAGAAUCUUUAAGGAACACAACGAUUUUAGAUUCAUCUUGGCGUAAGGGAACGAAUCCAUGCGAUAAGAUCAAGAAAUGGGCUCGUGUUCAAUGCGAUGGGAACACGGUUACAGGCCUGAUUUUAGAUGAAGCUGGUUUAUCAGGAGAAAUUGAUAUCGAUCCAUUGCUUGCCCUUCCGGGACUGAGAGUUGUUGAAAUUGCAAACAAUACGUUUUCAGGAACGAUACCUGAAUUCUUCGUGCUUGGUGCACUUAAAUCUCUUUAUAUAGACGGAAACCAAUUCUCAGGAGAGAUUCCUAAGGAUUUCUUUUCCAGAAUGGGGUCUCUUAAAAAAGUGUGGCUUGCGAACAACAAAUUUUCAGGAUUAAUUCCUGAAUCUCUCGUCAACUUGAAAAGCUUGAUGGAACUUCAUCUCGAAAACAAUGCAUUUUCAGGUCGUAUUCCAUCUUUUUCGCAGGCGAGUUUAACAUAUGUUAAUCUUACGAACAAUAAAUUGGAAGGCGAAAUCCCUCAGAGUAUGUCGAGAUUUGGUGUAGAGCCAUUUAAAGGAAAUGCUGAAUUGUGUGGACAACAGAUAGGUAAAGAAUGCAGUAAAGAAACCAAAAAGAAUGAAGAAGCACCAAUGUCCAAAAUGAAAUGGAUCAUUCUUGGUAUAGUAGUUGGCCUUCUAUUGCUGACGAUUCUUUUACGCGUCAAGCGCAAGGAAGAUCAUUUCGAUAAGCUUGGCAAAGAGAAUCUUGUAGAGGGGUUGCACGUUGCAACCUCGAGUAGGAAGAGCAUGAGCAUUCAAAGGAAGGGAAGUGAGUCCCUCCGUGGAUCAUCGCGAAGGGGAGGGUCGAUGAAGGGUGGUGGUAAGGGUAUGGAAGACCUCGUGUUGGUGAACUCCGAAAAGGGUACCUUCGGGUUGCCUGAUUUGAUGAAGGCAGCUGCCGAGGUGCUAGGGAACGGCGUGUUGGGAUCAGCUUUUAAGGCGAAAAUGGGAAAUGGUUUAUCCGUUGUGGUAAAGAGAUUGCGAGAGAUGAAUAAAAUGAAUCGAGAUGUUUUCGAUGCAGAGAUGAUGAAACUUGGCAAGUUAAGGCACAGAAAUAUACUGCAACUAUUGGCAUAUCAUUACAGAAAAGAAGAGAAAUUGAUUGUAUCUGAAUAUGUUCCCAAAGGCAGCCUGUUAUAUCUGCUACAUGGUGAUCGAGGCUUAUCACACGCUGAUCUAAAUUGGCCAACUCGCCUUAAAAUCGUCCAGGGAGUUGCUAGUGGAAUGUGUUAUCUUCAUUUGGAGUUUGCAUCUUACGCGGUGCCUCACGGGAACCUCAAGUCCAGCAACAUUCUACUAAAUGAAAACUACGAGCCGCUUCUAUCAGAUUACGCCUUCUAUCCACUAAUCAACAACGCGGAAAUUGUUCAGUCCCUUUCCGCGUAUAAAGCACCAGAAGCCAUACAACAUCAACACCUCUCUCCAAAAUGCGACGUCUAUUGUCUUGGAAUCAUCAUACUCGAAAUCCUUACAGGUAAAUUCCCUUUGCAGUAUCUCGACAAUCAAAAAGGCGGAACAGACGUUGUUCAAUGGGCGCAAUCAGCUAUAGCUGACAAGAGAGAAUCCGAGUUGAUCGAUCCAGAUAUAGCGUCAGCAACAGAUUCCAUUGAACAAAUGGUGAAGCUCCUUCAUGUAGGAGCCGCGUGUACUAUAAGCGAUCCGGAUAUGAGGAUUGACAUGAAGGAAACACUAAGGAGAAUUGACGACGUAAGUUUAACUUGAUGGUACAUCAAAUUUCCAAAAGUUAAUAGGCUAGUAUAUAGUUCAGCGUGAAGCUUUAGUUUCGUUACCUGCCAGAGCUCCUGAGUCACUCUACACAUCUCUAUAUUCGCGACUCGUAUAUACAUAUCUAUAUUGAAAAAGGUACAUAAAUGGAGGCUUCAUUAGUAACCAAAAUUAUAUGUUUGAUACACAUGAAAGUACUUUUUUCUAAUUGUACAUGUACAUUAUAUUGUAUAGUACAUUGGUUUCUAUUGUUGUGAGUUAAAAGAAGGACAUGGAUCCUCAUGGCAAUGCUCAAUUUAGACAUAGAUUUUGUAUA